AUGGGCCUGUCACGGGCUCUGCUGCCCUUCUUACUCCUGGCCUUCAGAGCUGGGAUCCCUGCCCUCCAGCCAGCUUCUGGAUCUCAGCGACCCCCUGCCUCCUCCUCACACUCAGUGGGCUCCUCUCAGGGCUUUGUUUCAAACGCCUCCUCCAGCCAGCACCCCCAGCCUCCAGGCCCAGAAGCCUCUGCUGGAAUCCCUGAUUCCAACCGGUUUCCUCAGGAGCUGAAUUCAAGCCAUGUGCCUGGAUCAUUCAGGACCAAUGUCUCUGCAGGAGGACAGUAUCUCAGCCCUGAUGUCACCUCCUCUAAAAUCCCUCCUUCCAGAGUGUCUCUUGGUGGUUUAGAUUCUCAAGAUCCUGCCAAAGACUCUGAGCUUUCCUUCUCUGUCAAGACUCCAGCUUCACAGAUACCAGUUCAAGCUCCAGACACCGAAGUAGCUACCAAGGCCUCAGGUUCAAGACUAUCCCUGGAGCAUCAUAAUCUUGAACUUUCUGUCCAGAACCCUGGAUCCAAAAUUUCUUCGGAGAUUCACCAGGCUGCGAGCUUCCCUCAGCAAGUUGGGGGACCCCUGGCUGUGCUAGUGGGAGCCACCAUCAGGCUCCCCUUGACUCCAGUCCCCAGCUCCAGUCCCCCUGCUCCUUUGGUGGUCUGGCGCCGGGGUUCCAAGGUAUUGGCAGCUGGGAGUCUGGGGUCCCAGGCUCCACUAAUCAGCCUGGAUCCCAUGCAUCAAGCCCGCCUGAGAUUCGACCAGAUUCGAGGGGGUCUGGAACUCACCUCUGCCCGGCUGGAUGAUGCAGGGGUGUACACAGUUGAGGUCAUCAGGGGAGGGGUCUCCCAGCAGAUUCGCGAGUUCGUGGUGGGUGUGUAUGAGCCCUUACCCCAGUUGUCAGUACAGCCGAGGACGCCAGAGACAGAAGAAGGGGCUGCGGAGCUGCGGCUAAGCUGCGUGGGGUGGAACCCAGGUAGCGGGGAGCUGAGCUGGAGUAGAGACGGGCAUGCCCUGGAGACCCCAAACCUUGAGGGCGCAGAGCUACCUCGCAUCCGCGCAGAACGGGACCAGCUGCUCAUCUCACGUCCAGUACGCAGCGACCACGCCCGGUACACUUGCCACGUCCGAAGCCCCUUUGGCCACACCGAAGCUGCAGCUGACGUCAGUGUUUUCUACGGCCCGGACGCUCCUGUCAUCAGGGUCUCCUCGGACCGCGACGCCAGUCCUGCGCUCUACGUCACGGCGGGCAGCAAUGUGACCUUGCAUUGCUCGGCCCCCUCCCGGCCGCCUUCGGACAUCGCGUGGAGUCUGGCGGACCCCACGGAGGCCGCAGUGCCUGCGGGGCCUCGCCUCCUGCUGCCCGCUGUGGGGCCAGGCCACGCCGGCGCUUACGCCUGCAUCGCCGCGAACCCCCGCACUGGCCGCCGCCGGCGUUCAGUACUCAACCUCACUGUGGCGGAUCUGCCCCCCGGAGCCCCACAAUGCUCAGUGGAAGGAGGCCCUGUGGACCGCAGCCUCCGCUUUCGCUGCUCCUGGCCUGGCGGGGUCCCUGCCGCCUCCCUGCAGUUCCAGGGUCUCCCCGAAGGCGUCCGUGCGGGACCGAUGCCAUCUGCGCUCCUGGUGACUGUCCCCGCCCGCCCGGAGCUCAGCGGCGUCGCCGUCACUUGCCUGGCCCGCCACCUGGUGGCCACGCGGACCUGCACCAUCAUCCCGGAAGCCCCCCAGGAGGUGCUGCUCCAGCCGAUAGUCGAGGAGGCACAGCCAGGGGAUGUGGUGGUGGCACUGGAGGUCACUGGCUGUCCCCCACCCUCAAGAGCAUCCUGGGCCCGACAAGGACGGCCCCUGGCUCCGGGUGGUGGGGGCCGGCUACGGCUUAGCCAGGAUGGCCGGAAGCUCCGCAUCAGCAACUUCAGCCUGGACUGGGACCUGGGGAAUUAUUCUGUGCUAUGCAGCAGCGCACUGGGUGCUGGAGGCAACCAGAUCACCCUUACAGGGCCCUCCAUUUCCUCCUGGAGGCUGCAGAGAGCCCGGGAAGCUGCCGUGCUUACCUGGGAUGUGGAGCGAGGCGCCCUCCUCACUGGCUUUCACGUCCAGGCAUGGACGGAGAGCUCUGACCUGGACAGAGUCACCAUGAGUAGAGACUGGGUCUCCCUGCUCGUGCUGGGCCCUCAGGAACGGUCAGCCAUAGUGCCGCUCCCUGCUCGGAACCCUGGGACCUGGGCCUUUCGCAUCUUGCCCAUCUUGGGGUCUCUCCCGGGGACCCCAUCCCAAAGCCGAGUCUACCAGGCAGGCGCUGCCCUGAGUCCGGGGGCCAUCGCUGGCAUCGUCAUUGGCUCCCUGUUGGGCUUGGCACUGCUGGCUGGCCUUCUCAUCCUGUGUAUCUGCUGCCUGAGGCGUUUCCCAGGAAGGACUUCUGUGAAAAAGCAGCACUCCCUGACCUUGGCUCCUGUGCUCACCCCACCAGCAAAAAAGAUACAGAGUUUGACCCCAGUGAAAACCCCACGGCCUCUUCCCAUCAAAACCCAGAUGCAGAACCCUCACCCAGCCAAGGCCCAACAAGUCAUUAGCCCCGGGCCAGCUGUCUCUCCAGGAGGCGGCCAAUGGACCGUUCGGGCAGCCACCCAGGUGUGACAAAAGCCAGUGGUCCACUCUCCAUGAAGUGUUGUGGGGUACAGUGUCCUGCUUUGGCCCAGCAGUAUGAGGCUUUCUCUGCCUGAGGACUGGACCCUAAGAGUGUGACUGCCUGUCUCCCUCUUGUCUCAGAAGACACAAAGUGUCCUUUUUGCAUCUAAGGACACCACUGUGAUUCUGGGACUAGGAGAGCCACCUGUAGACAGGUGACUGUGGUUGUCACAAACUCAGAAGCCUCAUGCAGAGCCUGCAGUUUAACUCCGGGCUGCAAGGGAGCCUGGCCACGGUGUCUGCAAGGGUCUGCUACAUUCUCCUGCCCCCAGACCACAUCCCUUCAGCCUCCAGAGACUCUCAUCCAUCAUCCGACACAUCCGUAUCCCAUAGCCCACUCCCUCCCCCAUCUCCUGAUUAUCUUUCAUUUUGUUUUGUUUGACUCGGAAUCUCACCUAGCCCAGGCUGACUUCAGACUCUCUAGAUAGCCCAGACUGGGCCUGAACUAGUGUCUCUCCUGACCCAGUCUCCCAAGUGCUGGAAUUCAGGCAAGAGCCACCUUGCCCACCACUUUCUGUUUCUUUCUUUCCUCCUGUUUUUGUUUGUUUGUGGGGAGGAUCCCAGAGCACAGACCUUGCUGGCCUCACACUUCCCUGUCUCCUGCCUCAGCUUCCUGGGAUCUGAGACGGCAGCCAUGACUCCCAUGCACUUGGUAUCCCCUAUAAUUUUUUCUGUGGGCUCUCCAUAGUGUUUAGACAUCCUUCAGUCUGUGUAUUUUAACCUUUGAGCCCUGUGGUUUGGCCUGUCAACCCCUGUGACUUCUCUUCCACAAGCCUUCUGCCAACCACACACACACACACACACACACACACACACACACACACACACACACACACACACCCUCCAGCUCUUUGUCCCUAGAGUUUUCUCUGCCUGGACACUUCUCUUUCCCACGUCCUUGAUUUAUCAAGGCUUGAAGUAACCGUUACCACAUCAGGACUUCCCCCCUUCCCCAGUCCCCAGCUUCCUUCUCAUCCUGUGAGUGUGUAACGACUGAGAUUGACAACUUUCCCUCUCUGAACUGGGAACUCAGUGAGGCACACACCACACACAUCCCAGAAGAAACAGAGCCUGGAGUGCAGCAGGCAGGCACUCAAUAAAUACUCGUGGACUGAUGAAAUGUGCUAGUGCCUGUGACGGGCAACUGGGGUCGCUUCUAUCCUUGGCAAGAUAUAUCUUCCCUUUUCAACAAGAGUUCUCAUGGGAACUUUAGAGUCACAACAGCGAGGAUUCUCAUGGCUGCAAGCAACAGACAUCAGGAAUCAUAGUACAGGUAAUUCAAGCACUCGGGAGGUUGAGGUAGGGAGAUCACAGGGAGACCUGACUCAGAACAUUAAGGAUAUGUUUUCAUAGUAGAGGGAGGGCUGGGGGCGCGGCUCAGUGGUAGAGCCCCUGCCUAGAAUCCCCCAGUGAGGGCUGGGGGCCCGGCUCAGUGUUAGAGCCCCUGCCUAGAAUCCCCCAGUGAGAGGCUGAGGGUGUGGCUCAGUGGUAGAGCCCCUGCCUAGAAUCCCCCAGUGAGGGGCUGGGGGCAUGGCUCAGUGUUAGAGCCCCUGCCUAGAAUCCCUCAGUGAGGGGCUGGGGCCGUGGCUCAGUGGUAGAGCCUCUGUCUAGAAUCCCCUCGUGAGGACUAAU